AUGACCACCCAACUCACUCCUUCCAAGCAGGCUGCUGCCUCCUUAGAGCAGUUUAAGAUGGAGUCGCCAGCCAAGAAGCUGAGCUUUGAAUCCGGAAAAGAGAACUCCCCCGCUGUCGUCGACGCGUCCGCCACCACGCUGGUCAAGCCUACAGAGAAACCCGCAGUACAGGAAGCUCCCAAGGUUGCUCCUGGUAUUAAGGAGAUGGAAGUAAACGAGCCUCUUCUUCAAGAGAACCCUCACCGUUUCGUCCUCUUCCCUAUCAAGUAUCACGAGAUCUGGCAAAUGUACAAGAAGGCUGAAGCAUCUUUCUGGACCGCCGAGGAGAUCGAUCUAUCGAAAGAUUUGCACGACUGGAACAACCGCCUCAAUGAUGAUGAACGUUACUUUGUCUCGCGCGUCCUCGCUUUCUUCGCUGCCUCGGAUGGCAUUGUCAAUGAGAACUUGGUUGAACGUUUCAGUGGCGAAGUUCAGAUUCCUGAAGCUCGAUGCUUCUACGGUUUCCAGAUCAUGAUGGAGAACAUUCACUCCGAGACAUAUUCUCUUCUUAUUGAUACCUAUAUCAACGAACCCAAACAACGUACCUACCUUUUUGAUGCCAUUGACAACAUUCCCUGCAUCCGCAAGAAAGCAGACUGGGCUUUGCGAUGGAUCUCGGAUAAAGAGUCCACCUUCGCUCAGCGUCUUGUCGCCUUCGCCGCCGUUGAGGGUAUCUUCUUCUCCGGCUCUUUCGCUGCUAUCUUCUGGUUGAAGAAGCGUGGCUUGAUGCCUGGUUUGACAUUCUCCAACGAACUCAUCUCUCGUGACGAGGGUCUCCACACCGACUUUGCCUGCCUGCUCUUCUCCCAUCUCAACAACCGCCCCAACCCCAAGGUCAUUGAAGACAUCAUUGUUGAUGCUGUUGCCAUCGAACAAGAGUUCUUGACUGAUGCUCUGCCUUGCUCUUUGCUUGGAAUGAACUCCAAGUUGAUGUGUCAGUACAUUGAGUUCGUUGCCGAUCGUCUCUUGGUCGCUCUCGGCAAUAAGAAGUACUACAACUCCACCAACCCCUUCGACUUCAUGGAGAAUAUCUCCCUUGCUGGCAAAACCAACUUCUUCGAGAAGCGUGUUGGCGACUACCAAAAGGCCGGUGUCAUGAACAGCACGAAGAAGGAUAAGGACGCCUCUGGUGAGAAGAAAGAUGAAAAUGCCGGUGGUCUCAGCUUUGAUGAAGACUUCUAG